AUGAGUCCCUCUGUGGGUCUGCUGCUGUUGGUCCUGCUGGGUCUCUCUCAGGCCCUUUCUGACAUAGAAGAGGUCCCAGAUGAUGAAGAUAGUGUUGACAUCACCACCGCGAUUCUGUCCACCAACAACGCCUCCGAUGAGAACCUGUUUGAAGGAGACUUGUUGUUUCCAACAAACAGAAACCUCAUGAUGUGCUGGUCUGGGAACAGGUGCCGCUGGCCUAAGUCGUCCAAUGGUCAAGUGGUGAUUCCCUACGUGAUUAACAAUGUCUUCAGCAGCUUCGAGAAGGACAAGAUCAAACGUGCCCUGCAGGAUUUCCACACAAAAACCUGCAUCCGCUUCACCCCACGUGUGAGAGAGUACGACUACAUAAGCCUGGAGAGUAGACAAGGAUGCUACUCUGCUGUGGGCAAGUCAGGAGGCAGACAGGUGGUGUCUCUGCAGAAGAACGGCUGCAUGCACAAAGGCAUCAUCCAGCAUGAGCUGUGCCACGCUCUGGGCUUCCAACACGAACAAACCAGGAGUGACCGCGACCAAUACAUCAAAAUCCACUGGAACAACAUCGCAUCAAAUAUGGCCCACAAUUUCCAGAAACAUCGCACCAUCAACCAAGAAACUCCCUACGACUACAGCUCCGUCAUGCACUACGGAAAAUAUGCUUUCGCCAGAGUCCGUAACCAGCCGACCCUCACCCCCUACCCUGACCGUUCUGUCCCAAUCGGACAGAGGCAGGCCAUGUCCCAGUGGGACAUCACCAGGAUCAACAGGGCCUACAGCUGCAACUAA